AUUUUGUAUAAAUCGGUAAAUUCGUGAUUUUCUCGCGUCUUCCUGACUGCCAAUUCCGCGUUUUUUGUCUUGGGUUUAGAUCAAUUUGCCACAAAUUUAAAAAUUAAAAUGGCUGCUGUAACUGAAAAAGAUGAUCACGUACAGAUGGCUAAACUAGCAGAGCAGGCUGAGCGAUACGAUGACAUGGCGUCGGCGAUGAAGAAAGUUACGGAAUUGGGGGCCGAACUGACGAACGAGGAGCGUAAUUUACUUUCCGUGGCCUACAAAAAUGUCGUCGGCAUGAGAAGAUCAUCAUGGCGGGUCAUCUCGAGUAUAGAGCAGAAGUUGGAGGGCAAUGAGAAGAAGACUAAGAUGGCAAAAAGUUAUAGAGAAACCAUUGAGAAGGAGUUGAGGGAUGUUUGUCAAGUUGUCCUAUCACUCCUAGAUGAUCACCUGAUCCCAAAAGCCAGCAGUGCAGAAAGUAAGGUGUUCUAUUUGAAGAUGAAAGGAGAUUAUUAUCGUUACCUGGCAGAGGUUGCCAGCAACCCCCAAGACAAAGCAGUUGUUGUUGAUGAGUCCCAGAAAACUUAUCAAGAAGCCCUGGACAUAGCAAAAGAAAAAAUGCAACCCACGCACCCAAUUAGGCUCGGUCUGGCUCUUAAUUAUUCGGUGUUUUUCUACGAGAUUGUCAACAAUCCUGAUAAAGCGUGCCAGCUUGCUAAAUCGGCCUUUGAUGAUGCCAUAGCGGAGUUGGACACAUUGAAUGAGGAUUCUUACAAGGACAGUACACUCAUCAUGCAACUGCUGAGAGAUAAUCUUACUCUCUGGACAUCUGAUGCUCAAAAUGAUGAAGAGCCAACAUCAUAAAACUGUGAUGGCGAAGAUGAUGAUGAGAAGGAGGAUGUGAUUGUGGUGAAGAUUGUGAUCGUGGUGGCUGUG